AUGUUUCGCCGCUCACCCUCUAUCUGCCCGUUCUGCGAGGCCAGCGCCAUCUCCAAGGCUCUGCGAUCACAACCGCAACAAUGUCGAGGGGCGGCGACGCUGCAGAAGCGCAGACCAUCCCGCAUGACUCUAUCACCCAAUGCCAAUGUUGCCAAAGGGCCGCCACGCAGUACGACGAGCGAGAAGACAGUGCGGCAUACUCGCAACAGUCCCUUCGGUGGGAUGAACAUGACGGAACCCCCUCGAAGAUCAGCUGAUCCCAGGAAUCGCAUCUCCACCGCCGAGCAGAAGCGCGGGAGCAGGUUCACCAAAGCUUCGUCGUCGUCGUCGGAGAAGGACAAGGAGAGGAAGGAUCCCAUGCGAGCGUUGAAGAUGCAGCGAGCGUUGGCGAAUGUGUCGUAUGAGAAGCGGGGACGAGUCAAGCAGGAACUGGCGGAAAUGGACAGCUUUGAGCAAUUCGAUCUAUUGCCCACCAUCAAGGAGUCCGUCGUGUCGCAGGCGCUGGGAGGCUUGAUCGAUCUCUCGCCCACGCCCAUACAGCGGCUCGCCAUACCCGCACUACUCGGCACAGAAGAUGGGAGGCGACGGAAGAGGAAGCAGGCGGAUGUGUCAGCAUCGAAGGAGAUGCAGCAAUUCCUCCUAGCCGCCGAGACUGGAUCCGGCAAGACACUGGCCUACGUCCUCCCCAUCAUCGACGCCUUCAAGCGGGCUGAGAAGGCAGAACAAGAAGCAGAACGAAUACUAGCAGCCCAACAACAGCACAACGACGCACUAAAAAAGCAUUCGCAAAUGUUCGAGCUCGAGGGCCCAUCAAAAGACGACCCACACCCCUCAACCGGCCGACCACGCGCCAUAAUCCUCCUCCCCACCUCCGAACUCGUCUCCCAAGUCGGCGCCCUCAUCAAAAACCUCUCCCACACCAUCAAAUUCAAAUCCGCCAUGAUAAGCGCCAACUACACCAGCACCGUAAUCCGCAACCGCCUCUUCUCCCCCGGCGGAAUCGACAUAAUAAUCUCCACCCCACACCUCCUAAACAGCAUCACGACCUCGGACCCUAACCUCCUCUCCCGCGUUACCCACCUCGUGAUCGACGAAGCGGAUAGUCUACUCGACCGCUCCUUCUCGCCCCUCACGUCCGCGAUCGUCGACCGCGCAACGCCUAGCUUGCAGCAGCUAAUAUUAUGUUCCGCCACCAUCCCCCGCAGUCUCGACACCUACCUCACCAAACGCUUCCCCGCGAUACACCGUCUCACAACCCCAAAUCUCCAUGCCAUUCCCCGACGCGUCCAGCUCUCCGUCGUGGAUAUCGAUAAAGUUCCCUGCCAAGGAAAUAGGGAUUUAGCAUGCGCUCAAACGAUCUGGGAUAUUGGCAAGGAAAAUCCGCUCGAACAAGACGAAGACCACGACAGCAGCAGUAGUAGUAGUGGAGGAGGCGAGAAGAAAAUCCUCGUCUUCGUCAACGAGCGGGAGAAAGCGGGGGAGUUGGCCACAUAUCUCUCCUCGAAAGGGAUUGAUGCCACGGCUCUAUCGAGGGAUAGCGACGAGCGGAGACAAGCCGAGAUCCUCGCCGCGUUCACGGGGGCAGUACUCCCCGCUACCUCGCAAAGACAGCAACAACAACGAGACCCCAGCCCGCAAACCCCACCCAAUCCCUCCCCCACCAUCAGCCCCACCAUCCGCCGCGAGCUCAAAGCAACAAAAGCCCUCAUAACAACCGACCUCCACUCCCGCGGCAUCGACACUUUACUAGUGAAACACGUGAUUUUAUAUGACGUCCCACACACUAGUAUAGAUUUCAUCCAUCGAUUGGGACGGGUGGGGAGGAUGGGAAGGAGGGGACGGGGGGUUGUGUUGGUGGGGGGGAAGGAUAGGAGGGAUGUUGUGGCUGAGGUUAGGGGGGGCAUGUUUAGGGGGCAGGCGUUGAUUUGA